CCGAAUCUCUGUUCUGUGUUCUUCUCUGUUUCUCUAAUAUUUCACAUAAUUAAUCAUCAAAAAAGAAAGAAAAUUAACCCAAAAAAAAAAAGAAAAAACAAUAAUGAGCUGGUGGUGGGCAGGAGCAAUAGGAGCUGCAAAGAAAAAAUUCGAUUCCGACAAUGCUCCGGCCAAGCACCACAGCGUGGCACUCGUCGUCGGCGUGACUGGUAUCGUCGGCAACAGUCUCGCCGAGAUUCUUCCUCUCUCCGAUACACCCGGCGGACCAUGGAAAGUCUACGGCGUUGCCCGCCGGCCUCGGCCUCCCUGGAACGCUGACCAUCCAAUCCACUACAUCCAAUGCGACGUGUCCGAUUCCCAACAAACCAAUGAAAAACUUUCCGACCUCACUGACGUAACCCACAUCUUCUACGUCGCGUGGACCAGCAGACCCACCGAAGCUGAGAACAGCGACAUCAAUGGCAGAAUGCUAUUGAAUGUGCUAAACACCGUCAUUCCAAUUGCUCCGAAUCUACUUCACAUUUGCUUGCAAACGGGUCGAAAACACUACAUGGGUCCAUUCGAAUUGCUCGGAAAAAUCAAACCCCAUGAACCUCCAUUUCACGAGGACCUUCCACGACUUAAAGUUCCGAACUUCUACUAUACCCAAGAAGAUAUAUUGCUCGCCGAGGUGAAUAAGAAACAGGGCUUGACAUGGUCGGUGCAUAGACCCGGAGUGAUAUUCGGGUUCUCACCUUACAGCUUGAUGAACAUCGUAGUCUCUCUGUGCGCUUAUGCCUCCAUUUGCAAGCACCAAGGUCAGGCAUUGAAGUUUCCGGGAAGUCAAGCAGCGUGGGAUGGUUUCUGCGACGCUUCGGAUGCUGAUUUGAUUGCGGAGCACGAGAUUUGGGCAGCUGUGGAUCCGUUUGCAAAGAACCAAGCUUUCAAUUGCAGCAAUGGAGAUGUGUUCAAGUGGAAGCAUUUGUGGGAAGUGUUGGCGGAGAAGUUUGGGUUGGAAUAUAGUGCAGAGUUCGAUGUGAAAUUGACAUUGGAGGAGAUGAUGAAGGGUAAAGAUUGGGUUUGGGAUGAGAUCGUGAAGGAGAAAAAUCUGGUCCCGACCAAGUUGGAAGAGAUUGGAGGCUGGUGGUUUGCGGAUAUUAUUCUUGGACUAAAUGAGUUGCACUUGGAUAGUAUGAACAAGAACAAAGAGUAUGGUUUUGUUGGGUUUAGGAAUUCAAAAACCAGUUUUGGUUCUUGGAUUGAUAAGAUCAAAUCCUAUAGAAUUGUUCUUUGAUUUUGGUCACUAACGGAGUGCACGUUCUAGUAUGUUGUAAAUAUGUUUAUUUGUGCUUUUUCUCUUUUUAUUUUUAUUUUGUUUGGAUGUGGUAAUAAAGUGUCAAUUAGUAAAGGUAAAUAAAACAGAGGUUUUACUUUAUGAAA